GGAGCUGACUUCACUGCAGCGAGCCCAAGUGAUCAGUCCUCACCACUAGCAGAACAUAAGCAAGUGUGAUGCUGAAAUGAGAUGAGGCUCCGAAAUGGAACUGUGGCCACCGUGUUAGUUUUCAUCACUACUUUCCUCAGUUUGUCCUGGUACACUGCAUGGCAAAAUGGGAAAGAAAAGCUGAUUGCCUACCAGCGGGAGUUCCACGCGCUGAAGGAGCGCCUGCGCAUCGCCGAGCACCGCACGCUGCAGCGCUCCUCCGAGCUCAACGCCAUCCUGGAGCAGUUCCGGAGGGCCGUGGCAGAGACCAACGGCAGUAAGAAUGCCAUGAAUAAUUUUUCAGAUGAGACGCUGAAGCUGUUAAAAGAGCUAACAAGUAAAAAAUCUCUUCAAGUGCCAAAUAUCUAUUACCAUUUGCCUCAUUUGUUGAAAAAUGAAGGAAGCCUUCAACCUUCUGUGCAGGUUGGCCUUGGAAGGACAGGAGUUUCCAUUGUAAUGGGAAUACCUACAGUGAAAAGAAAAGUCAAGUCUUACCUUACAGAAACUCUCCACUCCCUUAUUGAUAAGCUGUCCCCUGAAGAAAAACUGGAUUGUGUUAUGGUUGUCUUUAUAGGAGAGACUGAUCUUGAUUAUGUUAACAGUGUUGUUGCAAGCCUGGAAAGAGAGUUUUCUACAGAGAUCAAUUCUGGCUUGGUGGAAGUAAUAGCCCCUCCUGCAACAUACUAUCCUGACUUGACAAACUUGAAAGAAACAUUUGGAGACUCAAAAGAGAGAGUGAGAUGGAGAACAAAACAAAACUUGGAUUAUUGUUUUCUUAUGAUGUAUGCCCAGAAAAAAGGGGUUUAUUAUAUUCAGCUUGAAGAUGACAUUGUUGUCAAGCAGAAUUAUUUCAGCACAAUAAAAAAUUUUGCACUUCAGCUUGCUUCUGAAGAUUGGAUGAUUCUAGAAUUUUCUCAGCUGGGUUUCAUUGGUAAAAUGUUCCAGUCUCCAGAUAUCACUCUUAUUGUAGAGUUCAUAUUUAUGUUUUAUAAAGAGAAACCUAUUGAUUGGCUCCUGGACCAUAUCCUCUGGGUGAAAGUGUGUAACCCUGAGAAAGAUGCUAAACAUUGUGAUCGGCAGAAAUCUAACCUACGGAUACGCUUCAGGCCUUCUCUUUUCCAGCAUGUUGGCCUCCACUCUUCUCUAGCAGGGAAGAUCCAGAAACUCACAGAUAAAGACUUCCUGAAACCAUUACUGCACAAAAUCCACGUGAAUCCACCUGCAGAGGUUUCGACAUCUUUAAAAGUCUACCAGGGGCACACGCUAGAAAAAACCUACGUAGGGGAAGAUUUUUUCUGGGCUGUCACACCAGUUGCUGGAGAUUAUAUACUCUUUAAAUUUGACAAGCCAGUCAAUGUAGAAAGGUACUUGUUUCACAGUGGCAAUCCAGAGCAUCCAGGAGACAUACUUCUAAACACAACUGUAGAAGUUUUGCCUUUUCAGAGUGAAGAACUGGUAUUAAGCAAAGAAACCAAAGACAAACGCUUAGAGGAUGGUUACUUCAGGAUAGGGAAGUUUGAAAACGGUGUAGCUGAAGGAACAGUUGACCCCAGCCUAAAUCCUAUUUCAUCAUUCCGGCUUUCAGUGAUCCAAAAUUCAGCUGUUUGGGCAAUUCUGAAUGAGAUUCAUAUUAAAAAGAUUACAAACUGAUCAUGGAAAUCUGCUUUAGAGGAGAAAGAAAGAAUUCUUGAAAAUUCUUCCUAUAAAAUCUGACAUCCUUAGCAAGUCACAAAUUGAAAAUACUGAGCAUGCACCUUAUUCCAAAUGUCAUUCUUUUUCACUUGAACUCUACCUCUUGUGAAAUCUACUGUAGAUGAGAAGAUUGUAUUUACCCCUUCUUAUCUGAUCCAUCCAGAAACUGAUGCUCCACACUGAUAACGCUCGUCUGAGGCCCAGGUUGUCCUCCACUGUAAUGUGACUUUACCAUCUUAUGGUUGCAGAACCCUGCUACGCUUAACCUGUACUAUUUUGAUAGUAUAGUAAUAUAGAGUUGUACAUAUUGUUACAUUCCUUGAAGAAAAAAAAAUAUAAUUAUUGUUAAAUAAGUUUUAUGAAGGGGGUACUUUCGGAGUUCCAUUUAUUUUCUAUAACAAGAACCCUCUUUUAUAGACUUGUCAGGGAUAUAUAUUAAAAAUGCUAGGGAUAUUUAAUUUAUUAAAAUAAUUUGAAAAGUACAUAUUUUUAUGCAGUAAAAUUUUAAAUUGAUAUAGUUUUUUUAUGAAUUCUCUAGUUUAAGUUAUCUUUCUACAUUUUUCUUUGGAGAUGCAAACAUAAAUUAAUACCAUAUUUCAAAUAUACUGCCAUGUUUAAAAAAAAACAAGAUUAAGUUUCUAAAUUAUGUAGUUUUAUACACAGAAUCUGAAUAAUGUUCAGAGGCAUAAACAGAGUUCUGAAGAGCAUUAUUCUUUGGGGCUAUGAAAUUCCACUAUGUACAGUUUGUAGCCACAUAAAAAGCAUGUUGAAAUGUCUUGUUUCAUAUUAUGUACUAAAUCUGCAGUAAUUUUAGAUUUAAUCCAUUGCAUUUUAGAAGAAUUUUUUUUUUACUCCAAACCAGUUCUUUCUAAAAAUAUUUGUAAACAUUUCCUAGGCUGAACAAAUUCAUUUUCUGUACUGAAGAAAAUCAUUCUCCAGUUUUGUUUUGGAGUGACAAGAGGUUACCUUUUAUCAAAAGAAUGAACAGUAGAUACAUUUGAUUUACAAAGGUCUCCUUUUAAAAAGUUCUGUUAUUGCAGCAUUUAUUUUGGAUACAUUAGUGAGUAGUUACAGUUUAUUUUCUUCCUUUCUUUAAGAUCAAGGUCUUAGUUUGACUCCUUUAUGGAUCAGUGUGGUAACCCACACCAACUUUAUAGCAGGAACUGAAUUUGGCCUCAAGUUAGUAGCCUGCCUGUUUGUGUCAAGGGAAACAACAGUGAUCUUAAAUGAAUAAGAAACUUGGUCAGGAACAGAACGUGGUCUGGAUUACAAUCAGAGUGGAACUGUUGCAGUACUAAUGCUGCUGCUUUUCUUGAGAGUCCUUCUGCUUAGGUGCCUAUGUGUAAGGACUCAGGCAUGGGAAGACUUCAGUUAGUCAGAAAUGGCCAGGAAAAAGAGAGGCAGGAAUUCCUCCCUUUUAAUAGGAAUGAAGUGCCUGAUUGACAUUGGAGGGAGGCAUCCAUGCUGGCUUGGGUAUUGUCAGUUGUGCUGUGAACCAGCCUCCUGGAACUGACAUCUCAAAAGCUGGCCAGCUUUCCCUGUGGGAAAAACCACAUUCUGCUACACCCAACACAGAAUCAUACAAUCACUUAAGUUGGAAAAGACCUUUAUUGUCUUUGUGAUCAGGGCACAGAUGCACAAAACCUGUUGCAGAUUCCCUGAUCUAGAGCAGGGGUCUUGAAUUUAUACUUCCCUAUUAAAAUUCAGCUGAUAGAUUUGGGUUCCCUUUCACGAUAGGCUUGUAAGGAGCAGGAGCCUAAACCUGCCUUGCUAGCACUGCAAGCACUACUGGAUUAUAGUGUCAACCUGUCUUCUCUUCUGCCUUGUUGGAGAAUUGUGCCAUAGCUUUGACAAUUCAGCAAUAUUCAAGUUGAAGAACUUAACUACUUCUACAGACUGUUGUCAUUUUGGUUUAGCUAUGUUGUCUGGGGACACAGGGAAGACAAGAUCUGUACGCAGAGCAAGACCUUCUGUUUAGACUGACUGGUGUAAGUUCAAGAAAAAUUAGAUGCCAAGGGGACCUUGCUUACUUUUCCUGAUUGCAUCAGGUGAUGUAAAUAAAAUGUUACUUGGAAAGCUUGUAUUGCCCAUAGAUGCUGUGGGCAUAAGCUAAACACUGGUCACAUAAAUGGAGUUUAUCCUUGGAUUUGGGAAUGUGGGUGACUGGGUUCUGAAUCCCGUGUGACUCUAGCCUAUUGUGGUGCUACAGCCCCGUUUGUUUCCUGUAUAAUGCCCUGCCAUCAAAUUACCAACAUGCAACAGCUUUUUUUUUAAUCACACAUCAGCUAGCAAAGGUCUGAGAAAGUGUUUAGGUUUUCUUCUCAGCUGUGUCUGUGAAUGAAUGAUGCAAGU